AUGCCGAGCGUCGUGGACCGCAUGGAGCUGAGGAAAGUGUCCACUCUGGAUGAUGACAGCCAGGACAGUCAGGACGAUCACUACCCCGAGUCCAUCGACGCCGAUAAGGCCACAAUCAGCAGCAGUCAGUAUCUCGACGACAAUGAUGACGCGGAGAGCCAGAAGUUUCUGUCAAACGGACUCAUGAAGAAGAAGAAGUACGAGGAAUAUCACGAAGAAUAUCACCCGGGACACACCUCUUUCGGGAUGUCCGUCUUCAACCUCAGCAACGCCAUCAUGGGCAGCGGCAUCCUGGGACUGUCCUACGCUAUGGCCAACACUGGCAUCAUACUGUUCACUGUCCUGUUGUUCGGAGUGGCCAUCCUCUCACUUUACUCUGUGCACCUUCUGCUGAUGACUGCUAAAGAAGGAGGAUCGUUAAUUUAUGAAAAGCUUGGAGAGAGAGCGUUCGGAUGGCCGGGUAAAAUAGCAGCUUUCGGUUCCAUAAUAAUGCAGAACAUUGGAGCCAUGUCAAGCUACCUCUUCAUCGUAAAAUAUGAGUUGCCAGAAGUUAUCCGGGCCUUUUUAGGACAGGAGGAAAUCACUGGUGAAUGGUAUUUGAAUGGAAACUACCUGGUGGUGUUUGUCUCUGUCGGAAUCAUUCUGCCGUUGGCCAUGCUAAAAAACCUUGGGUACUUGGGCUACACCAGCGGCUUCUCGUUGACGUGCAUGGUGUUCUUCCUGGGAGUGUUAAUCUAUAAGAAGACGCAGCUUCCGUGCCCUCUUCCGUUCUUCUACCACAACAACAAUAUUUCCGACGUGCACGGUUUUAACAUCACAGGCGGGAUGGACUUCUCCAGAGCAGAUGUGUCUCCUGUGCACAGUACCCCCGACCCCCACCACACCACCGGGAUACAGUUCGAAGCCCACCCUAACAACGAGGACAUGUGCACGCCCAAAUACUUUAUCUUCAACUCACAGACUGCCUACACUGUUCCCAUCCUGGCUUUUGCUUUUGUGUGUCAUCCAGAGGUGCUGCCCAUCUACAGUGAGCUCAAAGACCGCAGCAGGAAAAAGAUGCAAAAUGUCUCCAACCUGUCCAUCUUGGCUAUGCUCAUCAUGUACAUGCUGUCGGCCUUGUUUGGAUACCUCACCUUUUACGACAACGUGGAGGCAGAGCUGCUCCAUACAUUUACAAAAGUCUAUAAGUUUGACACGAUGCUGCUUCUGGUGCGUCUGGCCGUUCUGACCGCUGUGACCCUGACCGUGCCCAUCGUGCUUUUCCCGAUCCGCUCGUCCAUCACCACUCUGCUGUUCAGCGGCCGUGAGUUCAGUUGGAUCCGACACCUUCUCAUCGCUGCAGGGAUCCUGGUCUUCAACAACCUCCUGGUGAUCUUCGUGCCGACCAUCAGAGACAUCUUCGGCUUCAUCGGAUCUUCUGCUGCCACCAUGCUCAUCUUCAUUUUGCCUGCUGCUUUCUACUUGCGCCUGGUCAAGUCAAAACCUAUGAGAUCUCCGCAGAAAAUUGGGGCGGCCAUCUUCCUCGUGGUCGGAGUCAUCUUCAUGAUCGGCAGCUUGUCCCUCAUCGUUCUCGACUGGGUGCACAACCCCCCAGGCUCAGGCGGCCACCACUAA